AUGUUAUUACAUCCUUAUAAAAUAUGGUAUCUAAUUUUAUUAUGGUUAUAUAUAUAUAAUCAAUAUAAAUGUGAUCUAAGUCUGAAACCACCAGAAUGUGAUGUUUCUAUAGAUACCUCUAUAUGUAUUAACAAUGGACAAAAAAUAUUAUUACCAUCUGCAAAACCAUACGGUAUUUCUACACAUAUCUCUUUUGAUAGUUUAAUGCCUGUUGAUGCUACUGGUAAUAGGAAUCAUGCCCAUGGAAAAUUUUUUGCUUCAUCUGGAUUUGGAGGAAGUGGAAAUUCUGCAUUGUUCAGGCAAAAUUAUAUAUAUAUACCACAUUCUGAUGAAUAUUUCAAGAGUGUUGAUUUUUCAUAUACCUUUUUUAUAUAUCUACUACAAGAUGAAAUAUCUAGGAAAAAUAAUAUGGAAGAAAAAUUCUGUCCUGUAAUACAUAAGGGCAUUAUAAAGGAUAAAAUUCAGGAAUCCUCUCCAGCUAUUUUAAUAAAUACUAAAAGUGGAAGAAUCAAAAUUGUGUUGAGUACUUCAUCAAGUACAAACUCUGCCGGUGAAGAAUUUUUAAGUAAUUUUAAAUUAAGGCAUCAUCAAUGGUAUCAUAUGGCAAUCGUUAGACAUAUAAACCAUGUAAGACUAUUUGUUGAUGGAAUCUUAGAUUCAAGUUUUUUGACUGAAGGUAUUACAAAAACAAAUGAUUCCCCUAUAUAUAUUGGUGGAGCCCCCUAUUCUGUAGAUUCUUGUGAUUUCCCUUUUUUAUUAGAUGAAUUAAAGAUAUAUAAUUUAAGUAUAGGCACUGAUCAAAUACAAAGUGAAGCCUCAGCUACCUUAAGUGGUAUUGAGCCUUCUUUUAUAUAUUUUGGAUGUUUCCAUUGUGAUAUGAAUACAGCUAUAUUAUCUUGUCCUAAUAAUUAUCAUUUAUGUAAUAAGAUGGAAUUAUAUAUUGGAGUAUAUAGUGUUCUAAGAAAAUUUUCUUUAGAUGUUAAUAAUAUCAUAUUACCAUAUUCUUCAGAGAAUAAUCUAGGAAUAGGUAUAUGUUGCACUGACAUAUAA